AUGAUGCAAGUAGUAAGUACUUGCACAUUUGUCUCGCGGAUAAUUCCCUCGCAGUUUGAUUGCAUCUUUUCAUUGUCCAAAAUCUUGCCAGAUAGUGAAACGGAUAGGAAAGCAUAUUUCAGGGAGCUCAGAAGAGCCCAUUACGACGAGUUCCGGAAAGUGAAAGAACUCCGACGCAAGGGCUCGUUCUUGGAAGACGAGGAGGCAGAAGAAAAUGGACACGCCAAGGCGAAGGAGAACAAUGGAGGAUGCUCAAAUUCGACAUCAGCAGUAACCGCCGGUGUGAGAGACAUCGACAUCCAAGAAGAUGCUACUGCUUCAACUUCAUCUCAUCCCGCAGCUAAUGGAUCAUCUUAG